CAGCGAAAAGUCUCUUACGGCUGCUGAACACCAUCCAAUCAGACCGAGUCUCUCUGGAGGAGGCUGCUGCUCUUCAGACAGUGAAGCUGAACCUGGUGCGUCAGGCGAGCAGCUCAGAGGCAAAGGAUCUCAGGAUGAUGUCCUCUUUCUAUCAUCCGACCAAGGAGGCUGAGAUGGCGGCCAUGACGGAGCCGCUCUGCUUAGAACGAGAUGUGUGCAGAGUGAUUGAGCUGCUGGAUCGGCUGCAGAGAACCGGGGAGUUGCCACCUCCCAAACUGCAGGCCCUACAGAGAGUUCUGCAAAGCAAAUUCUGUGCUGCCAUCAGGGAGGUAUAUGAGCAGCUAUAUGACACACUGGAUAUUGCUGGAGGUCCAGAGGUCCGAGCCCAAGCAACAGCCAAGGCCACAGUUGCAGCCUUCGCAGCCAGUGAGGGUCAUGCCCACCCGAGGGUGGUGGAGUUGCCCAAAACAGAAGAGGGCCUGGGCUUUAAUAUCAUGGGCGGGAAAGAACAGAACUCCCCUAUCUACAUCUCCAGAGUUAUCCCUGGAGGAGUGGCUGAUCGCCAAGGAGGACUGAAGAGAGGAGACCAGCUGCUAUCUGUCAAUGGAGUGAGCGUAGAGGCAGAGCAACAUGAAAAGGCCGUGGAGCUACUGAAGGCUGCCCAGGGGUCAGUUAAAUUGGUGGUCCGCUACACUCCUAAGGUUCUGGAGGAAAUGGAGGCUCGUUUUGAGAAGAUGAGGAGUGCCCGGAGACGACAGCAGCACAACAGCUACUCAUCCCUAGAGUCCAGGGGCUAACUAAGCCAAUACCUCCACCCACCUCAUCAUUAGACCUUUCUGACUCUUCUGUCAUUCUGAGGGGAGCUAACAGGAAUGAAAAAAUAACCAAAGCAGCAUGUUACCUGAAGCCAGCACAGAAGAUUGGGAUUUUCUCCUUUUUCCUUGUGUUUACCAGUCAGCAAUUCAAUUCCCAAAACCAGGGAAAAACUAAUAAAAGUGCAUAUGUUAAUAAUAGUUCUUGUAAGAAUAAGGGUGUAAUGUUAAUAUAUUCUAUUGGGAAAACUUAUUUGUCUUGUUACUUUAGAGAAUGUUUAGUGUGUAUCUUAAAGCCAAUCUCAGUAUCCUCUUCCUGUUUUAGUGUACUCAUCAACAGUGUUAUGAGUUUACUUAUUUACUUAUUGGCAGAGUAAAUACCUUUUGUCUGUUCUUAGCUACAGGGAUAAUAUGCAUUUUCAUGGUUGUUUGCAGUGUUGUGCGGUCAGGGGAGGCAGGUGAAAUGAAAAUAAGGUCAUGAGUAAAAAGUAGUAACGAGUAGGAGUAAUGAGAAGCAAUGAUGAAAGAAAAUCAAUUAAUGUACCUGAAUUUUCUAUAAAUUGUUUUUCUUAUUGGUAAUUUCAACAUUUUUAUGGUCAAAAUUGCUGAAUUUAAGYAUUGCCUGUUGAAAUACAUAAAGACAGGAUGAGGCAGUGCUGUGCCUUACCUCUGGGGGCACUGUAUCACACAAGUGAAUUAAGAAGACAAUUGGCGCUUGUCCAUUGCUGUCUGUUUGAUUAUCACCAAUGCAUUUGUUUAAUUACACAUUUCCAGGCAGAAUUUGGCAAAGUAUGACCCAGUCCAAAUAGCGCACAUUUCGAAGUUCUGGAAAAAUUUAAGAGACCACUUAAAAUGAUCAUUUUCUCUGAUUUUACUUCUUAUAGGGUUAGACAUGUUUGAGCAAAAUGAACAUUGUUCUUUUAUUAUAUGAACUACUGACAACAUGUCUCCAAAAUACAAUUUUUUUUAAACACUGAAGACAAGGUAGGCUAGAAUUUUUGCUUUUGAUGAGGCGAAAUGUGCGCUCUGUAAAGAAUCACAAGUUGAGUGACUUUCACUCUAUUGCAAACGCUUAAGAGUGUAGAUUUCUCCAGGCAUCAGUCCAGUCAUCAUCUUGUGUUACAGAUGAUGAUACCUGCCCACAGAUCCUUCAAAUAAAAUGUUUGACUCGUAUUGUA